UCCACAGAUGAAAGAAAUAAAAUAUAUCAUGACGACAAUGACAGAAAACUCGCUCAUUGUAAUUGAUGAAUUAGGAAGGUCCACAUCUUUAGAAGAAGGUACUGCCCUCGCUAUAGCUACCCUUGAGAACUUGGCAAACUCAUCUGCUUAUAUCUAUAUCACCAGCCAUUUCACAUUGCUGGCAAAGCUGCAUGAUAUUUACCCCAAUAUUAAAUUGUGGCAGAUGGAAACUAUUUCUUUGGGUAGAAAGACAAAUUCAUUCAAAUUGGAAUACAAAUAUAGUGUUAUACCUGGUGUCACGUCUGUAAGGCAUUAUGGUAUAUAUCUUGUGAGAAAUAUAUGGCCCAAGGAUAUUCUAAGUUUUGUAGAUAAUUUAAUAGAGGAAAUUUCAAAACAGGAAUUGACUUUCGUAACCAUUGACCCAAAAUCUCGAUUAAAGUAUGCCGUAGAAUCAAAAUUUCGCCAACUCAAAUUAGAAGGAAAGUUUUCUACCAACAAAAUUAAUAACAUUUUGGAAAAAUAUCAACAGGACUUGAACGAACUUGGAUAUGCUGCAAAAGUUUAUGACUCGAAAACUGACAGCCUCUCCCUGAACAACCUGACCUUGGAUGAUAAUGAUAUACGUGGAGUAGAAGAAAGAAUCAAAGUAUUCACCCCUGAAGUUUUGAUAAGCAAUUCACGAUUAACUCAAAAUAAGAAUGAUCUUCUUGAUAAAGUUCUUCCCGGGGUGUCAAGAUAUUCCUAUCAAGAUAAUAUAUCUUUCAGUUCCCCGUCAUUCGAUCCACUCAAUGAAUCUUCUGAAUUUAUGACUUCAAAUCCACCGGUUGACUUCCCGUUAAAAUCAGUAGCUACUAAUAGUAUAAUUCAAGAAUCAGAUCCAUUAAAUUUUUUUGCUGGAUUGUCUUCGCUACCAUCUAGUGAUAUUUCAACAAGGAAAUCAACCCCAACUGCACAAUAUUUGACAGCAGUUUGUUGCUAUUCACCGUCAAGCAGUAAAUUUAGUAAUUGUAUCGAAUAUACAAGUGAUGUAGAUCUGACAAAGGUAAAAUGUUCAAAAAUCCCACUAAAUCCCACUAUCUAUAAAGAAGGGAGUAUUGUAUCUAUUCAAAAUAGUCGGGAUGAAUUAAAUGAAAAUACAACAAAUUUAUGUAAUCAAAGAUAUAGAGAUUAUGUUUCACCUAUAAUUGCAGUAGUGGAAGGAGUGAACGAUACAACUGUAUCUUGUAGAGAAGAUGCAGAAGAUGAGAAUACUAAAAUUAAUAUUAUUGCUGACGUCACUAUUAACAAAACAUAUGAAAAAGUACCAAUGAAAGUGAAAGGAAUCGAUGAUGGCCCUAGAAGUACUAGUUUGCAAAGUAACACAAAUCAAUCUGAAAGUAGUGAAAAUAAUUGCAUAUUUGACGUAUGUUCACAAGAUAAUUCUAGUACCCAAUGGUUAGCUUCUCCAUUUAGCAAAAAAAAUAUUUCGGAUGGUUGUAAUAAUUCACCAUUAUAUUCAGAUAAAAGCCACGACAAUUAUAAUGCUGUAGGUGUUUCUGAUGGAUUUUACAAACUAAACAGGAUUGUCAAUAGUGAAGAUGAAUCUAACAAGUUUGCUUCAGAUUCAUUCCAAUACACAGUGACACAAACGAGAGGAAAUGAUUGUGCUUCUGCUAAUGAAGCAUCUACUGUUGAGAAUGAUCCUGAAAUUCAAACUGGUGACUUGGCCAUGAACAUGCCAAUAGAUUCAUGUGGUAAAACAGUAUCAGAUGCAUCAACGGUACAAAAUGUCAAUACUCAUUUGGAGUCCUGCAUUGAAUCAAAUGAAAUUAUUUCCGAAAAAGAAAACUCUUGUGUAACAAGUUUGUCGAUUGCUUCAAAGAAACGAAAUUUAGAUCAGGCCUCAUCCGAAACUGCCUAUAAAACUACCGAAACUUCUGAUGAUAAAAAAAACAAGAAACCAUUUAUAGAAAAAGAUCUGAGUGCCACACAGAUUUCAAUCGAAAACGAUAAUUUUAAUAACAUCUAUCCUAGAACUCAUGACUCAGUUUCUUGUAAUAUUCAGGAAAAUUCAAAGAUUGUAUCGUUUGACUCAAACAAUGAAGAAGAAAAGUCCGCCAUAUUUAACGAGUUCAUUUUAAGAAGACCCUCGCCCCCUUCCUCUAGUAUAUUGAGUUCUACAAAUAAAAGUGUAAACGAAACGUUCACUGGAUCUAUCACCAAACUAACUCCUAAAAAUGAAAAGAAAUCUAUGAUUUCCAAGAAAAUCAAAAAGUCCAAAAGUAGAUCUAUUCUCCUGCAAAAACUAAGUGCGCGAGAAAUAAGAAAAGAAUUUAAAGAACAGGACCGAAAAAUAUUAGAGAGUAAUCCACACACCCCUAAUAUUUCUAAAUACUUGGAACAAAUCAUCAAUAGACCAACAAUAAAACAGAUCCAAAAUAGUACUCAGCUUGCAUUAAUCAGAAAACAUAAUAAUGGUUUGGAGGUUAUUCCGGCACAUACUCAAAUUAAAAGAAAGCCUAAAUAUUCCCCUUGCAAAAAAUAUCAGUCUAAUGAGGAUUUCAAUGUGUCAAUUUUCAGUGAUCAGAAUGGCAAACCAUUUCAGGAGUAUUUGAAUUCAAAUGAAAGAGAUUACGAAACUUUCAGAUCUAAUAGAAAUAAAUCAAUAGAAAGUGGUAUUACAAAUACAAUGAGUUCAGAAACAUACAGAUUCGCUGUUGUGAAGAAAAAUAAUUCAAAGGAAAAGUUCAAGAAAACUGAAAUUGAUGCAAUCCAAGGUGAAGACUCUGAUAGGUAUUCACAACCAAGUAUCUUUCACGAAGGAAAUGAUAUUAAUAUUAUCAUCAACAAAUAUUUGCAAAAAAACAGUUUUGUGGUUUCCCAACAAAUUGAUGGUCAACAAAAUUCUUGGGAAAAUAAUAAUAUAUUUGAUAACAAUAAUUUGAGUAAUGAGGAUCUAUUACUGUAAAAUGAUGAACAAUUAAAAUUUAGGUGUUAUUGACUUACAGAUCAA